AUGCGUGCAAGUUUCAUUGAUAUUCAUCCGAAUGCAAAAUGGGCACAGAAUGGUAUCACUGUUGCUGGAGGAAAUGGAGAAGGCAGUGAGCCCAAUCAACUCUAUUACCCACGGGGUUUGUACGUCGAUGAUGAUCAAACGAUUUACGUCGCUGAUUGGGGAAAUCAUCGUAUUGUGGAAUGGAAAUCUGGUGCAACGAAUGGAAAAGUGGUUGCUGGUGGAAAUAGAGAUGGAAAUAGAACUAAUCAAUUAAAUAGCCCAUAUGAUGUGAUUAUCGACAAAGAGAGCGAUAGUCUCAUCAUCGGCGAUUACUGGAAUAACAGAGUAGUUCGUUGGCCUCGUCGAAGUGGUACUCGUGGAGAAACAAUUAUUUCAAAUAUCUCUGGCAGCGGUUUGACAAUGGACGACAAUGGUUAUCUCUAUGUCGUUGACGAAGAAAAACAUGAAGUGAGACGAUAUAAAAUUGGUGAGACUAAAGGAACAGUAGUUGCAGGUGGUAAUGGAAAAGGAAAUCGUCUCGAUCAACUCUCUUCUCCCAGCUACGUAUUUGUCGAUCGAGAUCAUUCAGUUUAUGUGUCUGAAUGGGAAAAUCAUCGUGUAAUGAAAUGGGAAGAAGAUGCAACACAAGGCAUUGUUGUAGCCGGUGGCCAUGGAGAAGGAAAAAGUCUUACACAAUUGAAUGAACCUGAAGGAGUUCUUGUCGAUCAAUUGGGUACUGUCUAUGUGGCUGAUUCUGUGAAUCAUCGAAUCAUGCGUUGGCCAAAAGAAGCCACACAAGGAAGUGUCAUUGUUGGUGAAAAUGGUCAAGGAGCACAGUCGAAUCAACUCUCUCUUCCCAUAGGUUUAUCAUUUGAUCGACAUGGUAAUCUCUAUGUCGUCGAUUACGGAAAUCAUCGAGUACAAAAAUUUGAUAUCGUAUGA